AUGAAUCUGAGAAUUUCAAAUUCAAAGCUCAAGCUAAUGGACAUCCCAGAGUCUGCUGAAGUGAGUUCGUCAAACAAAUCUGAUCAUGCACUCCUUUCAUCUUGCAUGUCCAAGGGUAUUUUCAAGAAACAAGAUAUAGGCUCAAAUCGUGGAAGUAUUCCGAGCACAAUUGUACUAGUUGAUAAUCUUGGUUAUACUAAGCAGACAAUUCAAGAGAAGUGUCAAACAAGAGCUACAGAAGCUGAGCAUAAUUUAGCUUAUGCCCGGUCAGAAGACGGUGCAAAUCAUACGACUACAAAGUCUCCCACAAGCAGAGUUGACCCAUCGUGUGAUGCUCUGAAUGACUUAUCAUCAUUUUUAGAAUUAUCACCGCGAUCCCGAAAUAAAGCUUUUCCUCCACUUUCAGAUCUUGCCACAUUAAAUUCCAUCCCAGGUAUUUGUGGAGACCAAAAUCUUGACAAUGAUAUCAUUGGAGCUUUAUUUGAUGACAACGAUCGAAGCAUAUCCAUUUUUUCUGACAGUGGUGAAAUUCUUCCUUUGGUUGAUGGAGAAAAUGCCAAUCCAUGUGAAGGGGAAGUUAAUUCUAAAACAAAUCCUACAUGUGCUAUACAAGCAAGGCAAGAAAUUAUUAAUAAUUAUGUUAUGAAUACUCUUCCUGAGCCUUAUGAACCUGGUGAAACGCGAUCUCCAAGACUAAUGUUGAUGUUUUCAUCUGUCUCAGGUAUAUCUUAUUAG